CUCGGUCUGUUUAACUAGGGUUAACACGAGCGACACCUUGCAGCCGAUUCCGUGAAGCUCCGGGCGUUUCAGCGCAGAGAGGACUUUCGUUUCCGCGGACUUCCCCGCUACAGUCAGUCAAUGCUACCAGGAAAUACAAACUUUAUACGUGUAACCGCCUUUCUCAUGUGCACUGCUCAGCUGGACUACAUUAUAAACUGACAGGAGAGUCUUUCGGACAACAUGUCCGCUACUAUUUGCGCCUUUAUUCUGACAUUUUCAACACUAUGCGGAUCCAGAGUGGUAUCGGGUGUCCUCAGUGCUCCCACAAACGUCAGCUUGACCUCCUACAACAUGAAUCUAGUGCUGAGGUGGGGUCCGCCUGAAGGGGCAACUCAGGAUUUGGUCUACACAACUGAGUACAAAACCUCAGUCACAAACUACAAUGUAGGCUGUGUAGACAUCAUCACCCUUGAAUGUGACUUCACCAGCCUCAGUGUCUCCAUGCAUCCACCCAUCAUUGAGUAUGGAACAUACACCGGCAGAGUGCGGGCACAGCUGGGGUCAGCGAGCUCCGCCUGGGUGGAAAGUGAGCAGAUUAUCUUGGACAGAGAUACCAUCAUUGGUUCACCCCGUGUGUCUCUCUUGUCCAAUGGGGCUGCUAUCUACGUCAGCAUUGUAGAUCCAGUGUUCGUUAUCUCAACACUCAGGAAUACGUAUGCAUUUGCCACCUACAGCAUCACCUACUGGAACGGCAGCCAGAAGGAAAAGGCCAGACACAUCAACAACACACAGCAAAACCAUGUGAUUCUGAAGGACCUGGAGCCAUGGACCGAGUACUGUGUCCAGGUUCAGAUCAAUGUAGAUAGGAACCCCAACCCCGGCCAGCUCAGCGAAACUGUCUGUGAAAGCACCACCAGUGUUGAAGAAGCUCCAUGGGUGCCGCUCAUGGUGACAAUAUUCUUCGUGGCACUGGCAGUGACUCUGGUGGCAGUCACAGUGGUGUAUCGGAAAAGCAUAUCCCAUUUUCUCUGUCCAAAAGAUGCCCUGCCUCAGCACUUUAAAGAGAAUCUGCUGAAGCCCCCCAACUCGACCAUAUACCUAGACUCCCACCCACCUGUGGAGAAAUGGCAUGAGGUCCAGAUCAUUGCAGACACAAGGACUGUGGAGGAAGAGGGGCCCUCUGGUGGAAGUAAGGACUGCCUGCAGCGAACAGCCUGAGGCCCUAGUGGGGGAGAGACAGAAGGUUGAAAAGCACACAGGAAGAGCUGGCCUGGAGGCGGCAGUCUUGAGUUUGUUAGAGAUUAUCAGCAGGGAUGACUGUAAAGACAAUGAGGAACAGUGAAAUCGUCUGAACUUGCUUGACUCGACAGAAUUGUAAUGCAAGUUCUGCAGUAGUCCCAUGGGAUUCCUUGAGGCAAGAGUUAGUGUGAAGUGACUGUAUGCCAGUCACAGAUUCACUGAAGAGUACAGGAUUGAUACGUCAUGCAGAUGAUGCUAUUCUGUGCCAUACAGCCCUGAUUCUGCUCAACUAACCAUGCACUGUACUUAAUUGGACGUAUGGCACUCUCCACUAGAUGUGCCCACAUUAAGGUGUGUAUGCUGCCACUGUGCUACAAGAUGCCCAUGGUUCUGCAUUUUCAAAAUAUGGACUUACAAAUGCACAAACUGUCAUUCAGUGGGAUCUUUUUUGUGUAGUUAGCAUACAGUUUUAAUUUGCUUCACUGUUGUAUAUAUGUGAAGGUGAUCUUGUAAAUCUAUAACCGAAUGUUCCUUUGGCAUGGUGUUUCAUUCUGAGCUGGGGAAAACAAGGGAAUUAAAGCACAAUGACAAGCUCAAACUUUUACACAUGAAAUUUAAAUAAACAUUAUUUGAACAUUGA